AUGUGGCUCCUUUUUCUUAUUUGUUAUGUACUUGUUAAUUCCAUAAUGGUAUCUGUACGUGGUGCACCUGAAAUAUCAACGAGCUACUCGACUGAAAUAAUCAACAGUUUGACAUGGGACGAGUGUGUCAAACAAUGCUUGUCAACGGAAAUCUGUAUAAUGGCAUAUUCGAAUAGCUUAAAUAUAUGUUAUCUAUACGCUGUUGGAGAUGUUAUUGAGGUUAGACACGAUCAGAAUGGAUAUUCAGAAUUAAGGGAUACGGUUUCUUUUAAGAUGCUAACGUGGCCCGAACAAUGCACAAAGCGAUCUGUAGAUAUGUUGCUCGGAAUUAUAAAUCCAUAUAACACAAAGAACAUAAAGACGUACGAAAUUAAGCUUACUCCGGAAAAUGGCAACUAUGAAAUUGAAUACGUGUACUCCAUCACCAGUAACUGUAAAGAUUGGUUGAAGCCUACGCCUACGUGUCAGGACUGCCCUGUCACCAUGUUCAGCUUCACCGGUAUGUUUUUCGCGUACCAAGGCUCUACAUUUACACCGAUUGUCUCGAGUAAAGAGUCAUGGAGGGAGUGUUUGUUCACGUGCUACUUGAAUAAAAACUGUAUGGCGGCUUCGGUGAAUGUCGACGGUUACUGUAACAGCUGGGACUAUGGAAUUCUUACUUCGUGGGAUGCCACGCCUGCGAGUCUUCCGGUCCUUGGAACGAGGCUGCCGUAUUUGGCAUUGAAGGUGAGUGGGGAUUACACGUGGUGUCAGGCUGUCUCAAUACAGUUUGAUCUACAAAAAAUGCGGGAUUUUUUUCCAGAAAAAUUGUGA